CUAGCGGUUAAACCCGUGGUCUCAUAAUCAUGAAGUAGUCGGUUCGAAUCCCACCCGGGGCUUAUUUGUUUGUUUCUUUUUUUUAUUCAAUUCCAAAACUGUUCAAUUCAGGUAAAAAAAAUAUUUUUUUUAAAUAGACUGGGGCAAUAAAUGGCAAAAUAGCAAUGUGGGGAGAGCUUGUUUUGAUUUUGAUACUUUUAAAAGGUAAUCACAUAGAGCAGUUGGUUGCGUAAUAUAUGGACAUGUGUUCCUGAGGCCCCGGAGGGCCCCACUUCUGCAGUGACGCACUGACGGGCGGGGGCGGGGCCAGCGCUCAGGUGGACUUCAUACAGGUGUUGCAGCAGAUGAAAUGCGCGUCCUGAUUAGCAGGCUGCUCUCCGAGGGCCGUUACUCCGCGCCACACCGGCAUGGCUCCCAGCUGCGUCGGCAGGUGCGCGCCGCUGCUCUUCCUCGCGCUCGGGUUCGACGUGGCCGGUCUGGUCGUUCUCCUGGUCGGGAUUUUCGGGAACGUCAGGCGCCAUGGCCGCUUCUACGGGGACUUCCUCGUCUACACGGGCUCGAUCAUCAUCUUCUUCAGCCUGGUGUGGUGGAUUCUGUGGUACACCGGCAACGUGCAGCUGUACGCGGAGGACUCCAUCUCCCUGGAUGUGACCUUUACGCAGUGGGCCAGAAAGCUGUCGGAGCGGCUCUCCACGGGCAGCAUGAAGCCUCUGGACAUGGAGGAGAAGAAGGGCGCGCCGGUGCGCUUCUCCGCGCCACCCCGGAUCACAUGGGAGGACGGCGGUAGAGAGAUGACGCCGCGGGGGCAAGACAACCGGGGCUUUGACGGUGACACCGAGAGCGCGUCCCCGACGCACAAGAACGUGGAGCUCGGGGUUCUGACGGGCGCCGAGGAGAAAAAGUUGGAAAGGCUUCUGUGACCAAAGAUGGCUGCAUCUCCCUUCUGAUGUAAAGAACAGACUUUUGUGUAAAACUGAAUUCAGAAUAUUCCCAAACACUCCUACAUUGAAGAGGAGCCGUGCACAAAUGAGGAAGAGUCUGCAGCUUAUUUUAUGUGUAUUUUUUCAGGAAUAGAUGUAAAUAUAUUUUUUUUCUUUUUUGAAAAUAAAGUUUAUUUUUUUUGCUGAA